AUGCACCGUGCACAAGUCCUGGCGCGGCAAGUCCUGGCGGCAGCCUGUGCGGCGCCACCAGAUGUCGUCAAGGAGAUGGCACCAACAGGAAAACUCCGUGUUGCUCUGAACAUGCGAAACGAGCUUUUGGUAAGUGGCAAGUCCGCCAGCGGCGAGCCAGAGGGCUUGGCGCCAUCUAUGGGUGCAGCAUUUGCCGAGAAGCUCGGAGUUCCCGUGGAGUUCGUUCCUUACGAGUCUGCUGACAAGCUGGCUGAUGAUGCGAAGGAAGACAAGUGGGACGUGGCGAUGAUUGGUGCUGAUCCGGCCCGAGCAGAGUUCAUUGAAUUUACUGCUCCUUACUGCCAGAUCGAGGCCACCUACGCAGUGCCAACCACUUCAGGUCUUCGCACUUGUGCCGAAGUGGACAAAGCCGGUGUGAGAAUUGCUGGUUGUGAAGGGGCAGCUUAUGUCCUGUGGCUAGAGCGCAACCUCAAAAAUGCCACUCUCGAGAAAAUCAAGGGCCACGAUGCCACGUACGAGCAGUUCAAAGAGACGGCAAUGGAAGCAGUUGCCGGGUUACGACCAAAGCUGAAGAAGGAUGGUGCCAAGCGACCAGGCACGCGUCUGCUCCCUGGAAAGUUCAUGGCUGUUGAGCAGGCCGCCGCCACGAAGAAAGGCCGGGAGCAGGGUUUCAAGCUGCUCAGCGAGUUCAUCGAAGAGGCAAAGAAGUCUGGCAAGGUCAAGGAACUUAUGAAGAAGUUCAAGGUGGAGAAGGCCGCAGAGGUGAACUGUGCAGCCUUGACGACAGUGACAGUGUUUAAGUCAAAAAGGAACAAGGUCAUCACCUUGACCAAGGUCAAGAAAAGACCGAAGGAAAAGAAGGACGAGCUCAUCGAUGGCAUCCGUGAGUCCUGCGAGGAGUUCUCCAGGCUUUUCUUGGUUUCCAUCGAAAAUGAGCGCAAUCAACCCGGAAAGCUGGUUUGCGCCAAGAACAAGGUCAUGCAGACUGCCCUAGGUAUGAGCCCUGAAAGCGAGUGCCAGGAGAGCCUGGUGCAGAGCCAUCCCCCCACUUCCAUUCCAUGUGUGUCAAAUCCACAUCUCCAGCAGGACAACGUACAUAAGAUUGCAGAAAUGAUUAGUGGUCAUUGUGUUGCGGACUUACACAUGCUUCCAAUCCGAGCAUCAGCACCGACCUGUACAUCCGAGGCUCUGCUCUUCACAAACUCGACGCCCGAAGAGGUGCACGUUGCGUGGUAG